UUUUCAUCAUUUUUCAAGAAUAUAUAUAAAUUAUUGAAUAAGAAAUGGCAAAUCAAAUUCACAUUCAUAUCUAUUUGUUUUUAUUUAUCGCUGUUUUGACAUUAAUGGCAACAAUUGUACCGCAAGUGUCCGGUAAACCAAAUAUGGAUGAAGUGGCGAAUAUGGCCGAAGCUAUACGUUAUUUGGAACAAUUGGACAAAUACUACUCACAAGUGGCCCGACCCAGGUUUGGUAAAAGAAGUCUUAGGAAUCUUUUAAAGAUAUCAUCGAAUGGAAAUGGAGAUCAUUCAUCGCAAGUCGAUUAACAAUAUAUUAAAUUGGCUUUAAGUGUGUUUUUAUCAAAUAAAAAGUUUUUUGUAUAUUUAAUGGGAAUUUCAAGUGAGAUAAAACAAUUUAUUUAUGACGUUUAUUAAGAAUAUCAUG